AAAGAUUUUAAUUGUCAUAAUUCUUAAUAGUUGAAUAAUGCAUGAAAAAUGCAAUCCGAAGCCAGUUUUUGAGCACGCCUAUUGUUGUUGAUUUCUACAGGUAAACUUCAUUUACAGCCGAAACUUCUUUGUAAUCGAAUUAUGAUGGUCCCAUUAAAAAUAUAUACUCGAGUUUCGGCGACUGUUCAAUUAAAAUAUCAUUUAAGCAUAGAUUGUUGAUUUAGCGAUAUUGUUUAUUUAAUCGAUAUUUUUCUGAAAAAUGAAUCCACGAAGGUUUAUUUUGGAAAACAGUUUAUUUUCAGAGACUAUUUUGCCUCAAAAUGAGUCGAAAAUUAAGUCGGAUUUCUUUCCGAAUUCAAUAGUUUCUCUGCCCGCGACAGUUAACAGCAGCAAUUGUUCAGCUUUAUCGACUGCCCGAGACUCACAGUCCGAGAUGUCCGUCGCGACUACACCGAGGAACACUUCGGCAUCCGAAGCACUGGAGUCCUAUUUGAACACGCACUUUGCCGCCACUCCUAUGCUCGCCACUCCAAGAAACUCAAGACAGCAAACGGAGCAUUCGGCUUCGAGUUCUUCUGCUUCGACUUAUCGACAAAAUUCAGUGCGACAAAAUAAUAUCAAGAAUGUUCCGAACUUGGAGCGGAGUAAUGUUACGUCCUUUACUUCGAAAGAUAUGGGACAAACUAGUACGCCCCGCGAAGUAAUUUACACAGAUACUAGACAUAACGUGGUAAAUGCAGUUAGUUCGGAUAUCUACAUGGAAAAACGAGUUGAUCCGACUUACUACAUGCAAAACCGAAGUGACCCGAGCGUGUGCAUCGAAAACCGAAAUGCAGUAAACGUGAAUAGAAACAGGGAAAGUAUUAGAAGGAGUUCCCAUGUAUCAAACAGCCCAAAUAACUCGGAGCAUUCUGUGAAUUCGUCAACUUCUCAGCUCCUAAGCACUUUGGACAAGCUAAGAGACAAAUUGAAACAGCCUUCAGAAAUGAACAGAUCAAAUGAAGUUUUCCUAGCGUAUCCUCAGACUUAUGCAUAUCCUACGACUCAGCAGUCGCAUUUGACCUCGGCCUACUCAAUGAUUCAGUACCCUGGACAAGGCAGUUACAUGAGUUCGCAAGAGUUGAAUGCAGGUGAUAAUGGUUCUCAAAUGCAUGUUGGCAACCAUCAAUACAAUUUCUCUGUAGAAGGUCAUGCUUCAAAAUCUAACAAAUGUGAAGUAAGCUCGAAGACUCCGAAUACAAAAGGAAGUUUCUCGCCAAUGGAUUUGGCAAAGUUAGCCGAGGAGCCCAUCAGUUCGACAGGACUCGCCGUGAGGCCAAAGUUUGAGAGACCACCGAAGAUAUCGAACCAGCCGAAAAGUACUCGGAGUUUGGACGCAUCCGACAAGCUACGCAAAGGAGGAAAUCUGCGUCGGAGUCGUAGCCUAGCAACUUCUUCAAGAAAAAGUCAAUCGAAGGAAGUUGUUAACGCGCCUCAAAACAUAAACUGGGAAGAAAAUUUAGACCCCAACUGUUUAGAGAAUAACGGGGCUGUUACUCCUAGAAACGAAAGCUUACAUGCUAAAGAAAUGUUGAAAAAUUUGGACCAGAAGUAUUCUAAAGACAAUCAGACCUCGUAUUUAUUCAAAACUACGCAUAAAACGUUUCCAAGUCAUCAGCAGGAUUUCGACACAGUUUCAGUUGCAAGUGUAAAAUGUCCAACUUGUGUUCCGAAACCUCUCAGGCGGCGGGCGUCUUCGUUGGACCGAAACGCAACAGCUAGCCCAAAAAUAUCAGCAAAUGCAAGCCCUGUUAGUAACGUGUCACGAAAUUUUGUUCAUUCAAAACCAGCAGGUUCUACAUCGAGAUCAGAUUCAAAAAAUCAUGCGAGUGGAAAUCAUUUUUCGAAGCCUGCACCUAAGCCUCCGAAGUCUAGCUUCAAAUCUUCAACAGUUAAUGUUGAAACGAGUGUUGAAAGUGAGUUUCCGUCUUUCAAGCCUUUGCCGAAAGAAUUUGGAUCUCAAAGUUGUCAUGAUCUUUUUGUUCUUCCACCAGUUGAGCAGCAGUCAAGUCAAAGUACAUCUGCAGGUUAUAAAAAUCUCCCAAAAACAACUGAUUUCAGAAGCAGCAAAACUGAGACAGUAGAUUACAGUAAGGCUACUGAGCGCUCACCUUUCAUAAUUGGUGUAGUUUCGAAAACUUCAAACAUUUAUUCGUCACAAUCUAAUCAUAUCAGUUCGGGUUAUCCCAAAACUUCGGAACAUGAAACAGAUUCUCGGAAUACUGGGUUUAAAUCAGGGCCUACGCAGGAUGUUGAAGUUCCCAAGUUGAAUUUACCUUCGCAGAAUCAACAGCAGUCUAACGAGAGUUUUGUGAGUGCGUUUGAUCACGUGCCCUUGAGAUGCAGUACACCCCGCAGUCUCAUACCAAGCAGCAGACCUCUGUUGUCGCAAUCGUCCAAUGCGACUUCAACUAGACAAAAGUCGGGCAUGACUGACUUGGAGUCGUUUCGAAUCCUAGCCAUGUCGUCGGAAAGUGAAGAUAACCUGGACAGAAUCAUGGUACACGACAACAAGCAGCAAGGUAGCAGUCGAACGAUUCCACCACUGUCUAUGCUGGAAACCAAUAAUGGCCAACAGCCGAUAGACUCACUGAAACAUCUGGUGAAAGACAUGGCAGAAGUGACCAGUCGAACCAACCGACUAGCCGACUCCUCAUUUAACGCUUCAAGUAGCACUGCAGCCGAAGGAGAGGAGUGGGAAAAAUCGACAGUCGGCGAGAACAGCAUAAUCACCCGAUCUACACUAGACGCGCUGAAGUUGGUCGAAAAUGGAUCGGACGAGUUGCAGAAUAAUAUCAAUGCCCACUUAGACUCAAUGAGAAUGUUUGCUUCAAACAGUAUAUCAUCAAACUAAUUGUACAAGGCUGAUUGAGUCAAGUGUUUUCAACUCUCAAAUUGUCAUACUUUGUAAAUUAAAAUUAGUGGAAUUUUUACAUAGCUUAAUUGAAGUAU